AUGGCACCAGUACGCAUUGCCGUGGAAGGCUGCGGUCAUGGCAGUCUCAAUGACAUCUAUGGGACUGUUGAUCGCAAAGCCACUGAGAAAGGCUGGGACUCUGUUGAUCUUGUCAUCAUUGGUGGAGAUUUCCAGGCUUUGCGUAACGCCAAUGAUGCGACUUGUCUUUCGGUUCCCGACAAGUUCAAGCAAAUCGGUGAUUUUCACGAGUACUACAGUGGUGCCCGUACUGCUCCUUACUUGACACUGUUCAUCGGAGGUAAUCAUGAGGCAAGCAAUUACCUUUCCGAGCUCUAUUACGGCGGUUGGGUGGCCCCCAACAUCUACUUCAUGGGAGCAGCCAACAUCGUCCGCUUUGGACCUCUCCGAAUCUCGGGAAUGUCGGGCAUCUGGAAAGGUUACGACUACCGGAAGCCCCACUAUGAACGACUACCCUAUAGUAGGGAUGAUGUUUCUUCGAUCUACCACAUCCGGGAGGUGGAUGUCCGCAAGUUGCUGCAAGUGCGCACCCAGAUCGACAUCGGCCUGUCCCACGAUUGGCCAAAGGGCGUUGAGAAGCUUGGAGACUUUGGAACGCUGUUUCGCAAGAAGUCAGGCUUCAAAGCUGACUCCGAUGCUGGAAAGCUCGGAAGUGUCGCUGCACGUCAAGCUCUGAAUCAUCUACGCCCUGCCUAUUGGCUUUCGGCCCAUUUGCACGUACGCUACACUGCCAAUGUGCCCCAUGACCCACCUCGUGCGGAUUCCACUUCAUUGACUCCCCCCAAUCCUGAUGAUCCUGCCUCGGAUACAAACAAUGAGGCUCCGAUUCCACGCAGUGAUGUCAACACCAACACCCUUGCUGGCCACCACUUGCUUGGUACUGCUACUGGAGAUGAGCAAUCUCGCAUUAAGGCUUGGAAUGAAUUCGGAGAUAAAGCCCGACGGGCUGAGAAAGAGAAGCGUGACCAAGAUGAGUUCAUGCGUAUGGUCAGGGCGAGACAGCCGAAAGCUCCACGCAACAUUACUUUCACCGAAACUGCCAAGAUUGGAGGUGGUCCCAUUCAGACAUUCGUACGUGGCGCGGAUGGAGAAAAAGUCGAAUCCGUCCCCAUCGAUGGCGAGAACAUCGAAAGCGUCGACAAAGUCAGCCAGGGAAUCAACCCUAUGAAUGCCUCUUCUGAGGAGGCGGUUUUCAAGCAGGAUAUAUUGUUUGCUGGGUCAACCGAAGAUAUCCAGACUACCAAGCAUGUCAAGACGACCCAGGACGUCAAGACAAGUAAUGAUGUCGCGGAUAACAUUGACAAAAUCAGUAUUUCUACGAGCCCCAGCAGCGCCGCAAGCGUGAAGUCUCCCCCGGCUGAGAAGGCUCUUCCCAAAGCCGACAUUUCUCUUAAUUGGGCUGAUGAUUGCUCUCCUGACCCCUGGUGGAGCGAUGGUGUGGAUGAUCGAGUUCGCGAAGUGGAAUUCGAGCUCCCAACCAGCCUUGAGAAGUCGUGUGUACCCAAGGCUGCCGUGAAUAACCCAAGUUCCGAGCUUCUUCCGCCCCCGGAGAUGAUCAAGAACCUUGUGACUCAGUUCCUGACCUUGGACAAACCACAUAAUCAUGAUGACUUUGUUGAACUACUCGAGAUUGAGCCAGUCUCUGAACAUGAUGGUUCCGCGAUGGAGUCUCCUCUGCGACUCAUGUACGACAAGGAGUGGCUGGCGAUCACUCGUGCCUUUGCUGACGAGCUCGAGUUUGGUGGAAACCCCAAAGGCAGUGUCCCUGCUCAUAAGGGGUAUGAAUUCUACCAACAGCGCAUUUCUGAGGAGGAAGAAUGGGUUCACGAGAACGUUGUUAACGCUGGAUUGUUGAACAUUCCAACUGACUUUGUCCCGACUGCCCCUGUCUAUGACCCUCAGGUUUCGAUCAACACACGGGAGCAGCCGAAAGAGUACACCAACCCGCAGACCUCUGCAUUCUGCAACCUGAUCGGGAUCGAGAACAAGUUUGACAUGAGCGAGGAAGAACGGCAGGCUCGCAUGGAAGCUGGUCCACGCCCCGAUGAACCUCGUCAGCACUUCCAGGGCAACCGCGGUGGACGUGGUGGACGCGGCCGUGGUGGACGCAGUCGUGGUGGUCGUGGCGGACGUGGUCCUGGGCGCGGCGGUUACAGUGGUCGUGGCGGGCGUGGCAACUCAGGCCCGUCAACCCAGAACGCUGGCGCCUGUAUUUCUGCCCACACGAGAUUAGCGGGGAAAAAUAUAAUGGAGACUGGGAAAACAGAAACAAAAAAAGGAAGUGCAUCAUCCGUGAAUCGAACACGGGCCUCGUCGAUGGCAACGACGAAUUCUACCACUAGACCAAUGAUGCUGAGGAACCAAGUGAAUGUGAAAGCUGAUUCGUUGGUGAUAUUUCGUGGUCCGUAG